ACAGUUCUGCGGGCGGGGGCGGAGCAACACCUGGGAAGGCAUGAUGGUGCUGGGGGGGCAGAGGGGGACAGCCUGCCUCCCUGGGGGGGCCCCACAGGGCUCUCCUGGGAGGGAGGUGGUGACUCAGCAGUUUCAUUUCCUGGUGGGCUGAGGCUCAUGGGAGAUAUGCAGAUGAGCCCAGAGCACCAUGGGAAAGGGCCCUUUAUAUUGCCAGGUGGGCCGCUUCCCCUCCUUUCUGAGGGGCGCCCACAGGAGGGAGGUGCCAGGCCGGGUGAGAACCCCUCGGGCUGAGGGGCGGGUCUGGGGGACACAGGCUGGUGGGGUGGGCUGGGCUGAGAGGCUGAAGCGCCCAGGUGGUCCAGCCUGGCCUCGGGCCGGGUGGGGGGGUUGACUCGACAGGCUUCCCUCAGCUUCCCUCAUCAGGUCGCAUCCGGUUCCCUCAGGUCCCGUCAGGUUUCCUCAGGUCCUGUCAGGUCCCAUCAGGUUUCCUCAGAUCCUGUCGGGUUCCCUCAGGUCGCAUCCGGUUUCCUCAGAUCCUGUCGGGUUCCCUCAGGUCGCAUCCGGUUUCCUCAGAUCCUGUCGGGUUCCCUCAGGUCGCAUCUGGUUCCCUCAGGUCCCGUCAGGUUCCCUCAGGUCCCGUCAGGUUUCCUCAGAUCCUGUCGGGUUCCCUCAGGUCGCAUCCGGUUUCCUCAGAUCCUGUCGGGUUCCCUCAGGUCGCAUCCGGUUCCCUCAGGUCCCGUCAGGUUCCCUCAGGUCCCGUCAGGUUUCCUCAGAUCCUGUCAGGUCCCAUCAGGUUUCCUCAGAUCCUGUCGGGUUCCCUCAGGUCGCAUCCGGUUUCCUCAGGUCCUGUCAGGUUCCCUCAGGUCCCGUCAGGUUCCCUCAGGUCCCGUCAGGUUUCCUCAGGUCCCACCAGGUUCCCUCAGGUCCCGUCGGGAUCCCUCAGGUUCUCUCAGGUUCUGCCGCGCGAGGCUGACUGGCUGUCGGGGUCUGGGGGUGGGGGUCGGGGGGGUUGGGUGGGGAGGGCGCGUGUGCCCCACAGGCCUGGGGGCAGGGCUGAAGGGGCCAGGUCUCAGCCCCCCGCCCCUGCCCCUGCUCCUCCCGGUGACGGGUGACCGACCUCACUUGCUUGUCCGCUGCGUCUUCCCAGAGAACGGAGCCGUCGCACAAGCUGAAGAAUCCUCCGGAAGUCUGACCUUCCCGACCCCUGCGGAUCCCUGGUGACUUGGGACCCAGCUCCUCCACCCCACCCCAGAUACCCGGCCGGGAGCCCCCUCUCUUCCUCUCCCCCGCCCUCCCUGCCCCGCCCCCGCCCCCGGGCCAGACCCCGAGCCCCCAGCCCGGCCCACUCUCGCUGCCCACCCCGGUAGGAGGCAGGCCGCGUGGCCAUGUGCCCCCCGGUCAGCGUGCGCUAUGGGGGCGAGGGCAUGUCCUACCUCCAUGCAUCCUGGAUGUAUCAGCUUCAGCAUGGCGACCAGCUGGCGGUUUGCUUCGCUUGCUUCAAGGCUGCCUUUCUGGAACUCAGAGACUUGCUGGGCUUGGAAGACUGGGAAGAUGAGGACUGGGACCCCGAGCCGACGGAGCACGCCGAGGCGGGGCCUGAGCAGGGGGGGCCCCCGGGGCUGGGGUUCGGCUGGGGGCAGGGCCAAGGUCACCCCGCACAGGGGGGCACUGUGGACUGGGGGCCAGGCACCCCGGCGUCAGCCCCCGCGGGGUCUGAGGAGGUGGGCCUGGACCACCACUUUGUGCCCACCGAGCUGGAGCCUCACAACGCGGCACCCUUGGGCCUGGGUCCCGAGGACGCCGACUGGACCCAGAGCCUGCCCUGGAGGCUCGACGGGCCCCCCACCUGCUCGCACUGGCCGAGUCUCCCUCCUCCGUGGCAGGGGUUUCUCAAAGUGGACCUGCCCCCGGGGGAGCCCAUGGUGCUGGAGCUGGGCACCACCCGGGCCGUGGACCCUGCCGAGGCCGAGGCCUGGUUAAGGGACCUGGAGGUCGUCUCCAUGGUGGGUUGCUACGAUGCCAUCUACCUCCGGAAGAUGACAGUAGGAUGGACCCUGAGGACCCCGGGCCGGGGCUGGAAACUGCUGCUGGAGCCCGACGAGCUGUGGGUGGUGAGACUACAGGACGCGCCCCAGGAGCAGGACCUGCACAAGUGGAAGCUGAGCAUUCUGGAGCCCUGUCCUCCAGGGCAGACCGAAGAGCUGGUCCCUGCGGACUCAGCCCUGCUUAAGAGGGGGUUCACCAUCCUCUCCUACUCACCCUGGGCCAAAAGGGAGGCAGGGGAGGGGGCCUCCGCAGCCAGGCCACAGUCCUCGUCCUCCCAGGGGCGGGAUCCCAGCACCACUGAGACCUGGAGCCACGGGCCCAGUGGGCCCCGGGGGCCUGGGGAGGGCCCGGCUGCCAUGGGAGCCUCGGCCCUGGGGGAGCUGCCCUGUUUCCAGCCCUUCAGGCCAGGGCCCCAGAACUGAGGGACUGAGGCCCAGGUGGCCACCGUUGUCCCGGCCGCCCCCUCCCCACAACAGCCAGGGGCGCGACUGGCAAAGAACGGGGGACUAGUGCCUGGGGAGGGAGAAUGGGGAGCUGCCUAGGGACUGAGGAAGGGGACGCGUCACUGCCUCCGUGGAAGGGGCCCAAGGCCUGUAAGCGGGAGAGAAUUUCUCCUCCGUCAAAUGUCGCGGAGCCAGGAACGUGACGCCCUCUGGGGCGCGGUUGGUGAAUGGCUGCCGCGCAGCUCGGCAAGUGGGGUGCGGCACACGCGUCUGUGCACCAGCCCUGCCCUGGCCACACGCAGGGAUGUGUCCAGUGGGGCCCGUGUCCCAGGAGCACGCGGAGGUGGGGGCAGCGGGGCUGUGUGCUUGCCUGUGCCUGGCUGGUCUCUGGGGCCCCGGGGGACCCUGUCAGCCGCAGUGGGGACCCUGGUCUGCACGGGGAGAGACCCUCGUUUCAUAUGUUGGCCAUUUUAUGCAGUUUGACCGUUUAGUGCCCGUUUCUUUGUGUGUUGUUUUUUAACUGAAUAAAGUCAGAAGAGUUUUGCAUCCAGGCCCUGGGUGAGUCAUC